CAAGGAUGCUUGCGAUUCACUCUGCCGACUCCUAUUUGAUCCCCGACAUCCGCAAUCAUCUUAGAAAAGGCAUUUGAUAUCUCGUCCUUUGUUGCUCCAGCCAAUUUCCUUAUACCCUUCUUUUGGGAUAUUUUUGGAUUCCACGCCUCAUGGCCGUCCUCGAUACCCGAAAAGAUCUGUGUGCUCUUUUCCGCCAACAAGUGCAACAGACCCCCGAUGCCAUCGCAGUCGACGAUGGCGAGCGAAUCUUCACCUACACCGACCUCGACGACCGAGUGGAAGAGCUUGCAGACCUGAUCCGGCACUAUGGAGUGUCGCGAGAUACGCUGGUCGGCGUUUUGCUGCCUCGAGGCGCGGAUUACAUAAUCGCCUGUCUCGCUGCCCUGCGAGCUGGCGGUGCAUUUCUGGUGCUCGAGUUGGCAUACCCCCCAGAGCUGCUGGCCGAUGUGGUCGAGGAUGCAAAUCCCGCCGUCGUCCUCACCUACACCUCCGAGGUUGGUAAGAUCAAAGAGGGCGUUCCCACCAUUGCCCUCGAUCAGCCGCGCGCAGAAGUCAACGGACACGCAAAGGAUCCAGCUCCUCUUCCCAACGAGGAUGAUCUGGAUCGUUUGGCGUUCGUUGCAUACUCCUCGGGAACCACAGGAGCCCCCAAAGGCAUUGCAAACCCCCAUCGCGCUGCGGUCCUUUCUUAUGAUUUGAGAUUCCGUGUCUCCAAUCUUCAACAGGGAGACCGUGUCGCAUGUAAUGUUUUCUUUGUCUGGGAGAUUCUCCGCCCACUGCUCCGAGGGGCAACAGUCAUUUGUGUGCCCGAUGAGACGAGCUACGACCCGGUGGCCCUGGUCGACCUUCUUGCUGCUACGAAUGCCACGGAGACGCUUAUGACCCCGACACUGCUGGCCGCUGCAUUGUCUCGCCAUUCCGACAUUGGAUCGAGACUACCCAAACUACGAACGCUAUGGCUCAACGGAGAAGUCGUCACAACAGACCUGGCACGGCGAGCAAUGAAGCUUCUCCCCCAAGUGCGAUUGCUCAAUGUUUACUCGGCCUGCGAAACACACGAGAUUGCAUGUGGCGAAAUCAAAGAGAUGCUCGAUCCCGAAGCCCUUUACUGCCCAGUCGGCCCGCCUCUGGACCCAAAGCACGCCUAUGUGCUGGACGACGCUGGAAAACGCGUCGAGCAUGGCACGAUUGGCGAACUCUUUGUUGGUGGACCUCUACUCGCGCGCGGAUACGUCAAUCGACCGGAGACAACGGCGAAAGCCUUCACGGUCGAUCAAUACGACUCCACCCCCGGUGCACGCAUGUACAAGACUGGAGAUCAGGCGAGAAUACUGCCCUCGGGCCUCCUUGAAAUCACUGGAAGAGUUGGGGACAUGAUCAAAUUGAGAGGAUACUCUGUCGUUCCCGGCAAGGUGGAGAACGCCAUCGUCUCGCAUCUUGCUGUCAAGCAGUGCGCGGUGGUCGCUCAUGGAGAAGGCUUGGAAAGACAACUUGUUGCCUACAUCGUCCGAGAUGACGCUGAAGCCACCACCGAGCGACCACUCAUUGAGAUCGAUGAGGCUGGACACAGCAUUUCUGGUCGUCGGGCACUGGCGCAGUCGCUCGCUCAAUACAUGCUGCCAGCGCUCUGGGUCAGCCUCGACUCGCUUCCCACUCACGAGGUGAGUGGCAAAGUCGACCUCAACCGCCUGCCGCCACCUUCCCGACCGAUCUCACCCGCCGGAAACGGGAAGAAGGAGGAGAAAGACCCUAUCAGCAUCGACGACAUUGCGGAGGUCUGGGCCUCGACACUCAAUAUCCCGCGAAGCAUGAUUCAAUCGGAGCACAGCUUCUUCGACCUCGGCGGCCAUUCGCUUUCACUAGCAGAACUGGCCGCGAGACUUUCUCGCAACUUUGGCUUCCGCAUCCCGGUCGCAAGACUUGCCGAUCCCAUUACACUCUCCGGUCAUCUGGCGACAGUUCGAGGAGUGCGUAACGGCCAGAUCGAGGCUGUACAGUCAGACCUCGUUGCUGCCCUUCGUGCUGAUAGCCAACUCGACGCCGACAUCAAGCCUCCCACCGGCUCCAAGAUCAUCUCCCUCAAGUCAGCGGAGACCGUUUUGCUGACUGGUGCCACUGGCUUUCUGGGAGCCUUCUUGCUUAACGACUUACUGGAGAGCACUUCAGCUCGUAUCGUGUGUCUCGUCCGCUUCCGCGAAACAGGUGAAGAUCAAAUUCCUGCUGGUAUUGCCAAGCUCCGACGAAAUCUCAUCGACUAUGGGGUCUGGAAAGACUCCAUCAUGGAACGCAUCGAGAUUCUUCCCGGCAAUCUGUCAAGCAAACGCUUCGGCCUGUCUCCGGACAAAUUCAACGACCUAGCGAAGCGCGUGCAAGUCAUUGUCCACGCAGCCGCCAACGUCAACCUCGUCUAUCCCUACGCAGCUCUGAGGAAUGACAAUGUUGGAGGCACGCGAGAAAUUCUGCGAAUGGCUUGCCUCGGUGGCGCGACCGUCCAAUAUGUCUCUACCAAUGGUGUUUUGCCCCCGAGCCCGUCUGGCAAUGGCUGGCCUGAGGAUUCGAUGAUCUGGGUGGAUGCCGUUCCGGAGAAGCUGAUUGAUGGCUAUGGCCAAUCCAAAUGGGUCGCGGAGCAGCUCGUGUACGAGGCUGGCCGCCGUGGCCUGCCCGUAAGAAUCCUACGCUGUGGUACCAUCAGCGGGCACAGUGCGACCGGCGCCUCCAACGCCUGGGAUCUGCUCACUGCUCUCUUCGUGGAAUCCAUGCGGCUGGGAUGCGCACCGGACGUCGAAGGGUGGCGCGCGGAGAUGACUCCUGUCGAUUUCGUGAGCAAAGCUAUCGUCCACCUCGGCAACCAGACGCACGCGAAGCAGCUUGUCUUCCAUCUCGGCGACCCGGACCCCGUCGAUACUUCGGUCGUCUUUGACGAUUUGGAGACACUUGGCUACCCAACCAAGCGGAUCCCCUUCGACGAUUGGGUUGCGCUUUGGAAUGAGAAGCGCGGAUCCGUAUCCGGCGGAGAUGGCGCAUUCACCGUCGAUGUCCUGCGCAGCGGCAUGCCGAGCGUAGAGUUCCUGAGAGGGAUUGUGGUGCUCAACAACGCCCAGACUAGGCCAUAUCGUGCCAUUGUCGAGCGACCAAAGGUGGACCUGGUCCUGCUAGAGACUUAUGCUCGACAUUGGUUCGCAAGAGGAUGGUUGUCUAAGCCGCCGACUACUACCCUGGCACUCGGCGGAUCUGCCGCCCAGCCCGUUCGCAAGAGUAUUCUCACCGGACGCGUGGCGGUCAUCACUGGCGCCUCGUCUGGCAUCGGAGCAGCAGUCGCUACUGCCUUGGCACGAGAAGGAUGCCACAUUGUGCUAGCCGCACGUCGCACCGACGCCCUCGAAUCCGUCAAACGCCGACUCGUAGUCCGCUCGGGCAAAGUGAUUACAAAACAAACGGACGUCACCAAAGCAGAUCAAGUGGAGGAUCUCAUGCGCACAGCAGAGCAAGAGCUCGGCCAAAUCGACAUCCUGGUAUCCUGCGCGGGCGUAAUGUACUUCACAAUGAUGGCCAACGGGCACACGCAGCAAUGGGAGCAAACCGUCGACGUCAACUGCAAAGGCCUGCUUCACUGCAUCGCCUCCACCGUCCCGGGCAUGCUCUCGCGCGGCGCAGGGCAUAUCGUCGCCAUCUCCUCCGACGCAGGGCGCAAAGUCUUCCCGGGCCUUGGAGUCUACUCCGCCAGCAAAUUCUUCGUCGAAGCCGCGCUGCAGAGUCUGCGCCUUGAGACGGCGGGCAAGGGGCUGCGCGUCACGAGCGUGCAGCCGGGCAACACGGCGACGGAUUUGCUGAACAUGUCGACUGAUACCGAGGCUGUGAAGCAGUAUGGCGAGCCGUCUGGGGCGGCGAUUUUGGAUCCCGAUGAUGUAGCGGCGUCGAUUGUGUAUGCGCUCAAGCAGCCGGAUCACGUUGCUGUUAAUGAGGUUUUGAUUGAGCCGAGGGAUGAGCCUAUCUAGAUUGCAUUGAUUUGUACGACGAGCACGGAGUUACGGGUUACGAGGUUAUGGACGCCGGUGCUUGAGGGCAAGGCUGGGGGCGGAGUCGACGGUCAGAUUUUAACGAUUAUAUACUCAGCAUGCAAAUCAACGAACGGAAACUUCAU